AUGGAAGCGACUUGUCAAUGUCAUAAAAAUAAAGCAGAAACUGGAAUGAUGGCCGGUGAAGUGGAACUAGCAAAAUCUGCUGCCCCUGGCGGCGAUACUAUUUUUGGGAAGAUUCUGAGGAAGGAGAUUCCCGCUAAAUUUGUCUACGAAGACGAUGAGUGUGCUGCCUUCCAUGACGUCAACCCGCAGGCUCCAACCCAUAUCCUGGUGAUUCCACGGAAACCAAUUCCACAGUUAUCUCAGGCUGAAGAUGGAGAUGAACAGCUUCUUGGUCACCUUCUGACAACAGCUCGUAAAAUUGCAGCACAAGAAGGUCUUGAUAAAUCCGGUUUCCGCUUAGUUAUCAACGAUGGCAAGAAUGGUGCUCAAAGUGUAUAUCAUUUACAUGUCCAUAUUCUUGGUGGCAGGCAAAUGCACUGGCCACCUGGUUAA